AUGGAAUAUAAACUUAUCUUCUUGAUAGCAUUUGAAAUUGCAUCGGUAAUUUAUGGAGACACUGCAACGAACGUUGGGACUUUUUUGGAUGAUAUUGUCCAGCCACCAGCAGAUAAAACCAAGUACGAUACAGCAGUACGUCCCAAAACAAUCCAGGACGACCCACUGCAGGUGACAAUAAACCUCGGUUUAACAGCAAUCAAGGAAUACUACGAAGAAGCUGCGGUGUUGGAAUUAAUGGGAUUCAUUGAAAUGGAAUGGACGGAUGAAUUAAUACGAACACCUCUGACAAAUGCCGGAAUAACAGGUGUAAAUAUCACUUUAUCACAGGAUGAUGUUUAUAUGCCUAUUAUUAUCAUGACAAAUUCGGUAGAGGACCUAGUUCGUGUUGGUCAUACGUCAACGCCUGUGGUAUUAAAACCUGACGGGAGUAUUUACUAUAAAACUAACUUUGAUUUCGAAGUAUAUUGUUCAGUUGAUGCGACAUACUAUCCUUUCGAUACACAUGAAUGUGUUAUAUCAUUUUUACCUUGGCAAAUAACAAGCGAAAUGAUCACACUUUAUCCGUCUGUCGAGAACGCUACAAUAGAUCUUACUCAGUAUGCCAUUAACCCUUCUUGGAACAUUAUGUCAACCAGUUCAUCAUAUGUUCUAGGAUUGUACUCAAAAGUGGAAUAUACUAUAAAGAUUCAGCGUCGAGGGGCGUUCUUUGCUAUGUAUUUUAUUGUUCCGGUUCUUCUGACGGGUGUUAUGAGUAUUCUUGCUUUCAUGAUUCCCUACGAUCAAGCAAGAGUAAGAUACAUCGUUACGGGAACACUUGUCGUUACCAUAGUUUUAAACCUUGUCACAGAUGAAAUACCUAAAACUACAUCGCCGAUCCCGGUUGUCGUUUAUUUUCUUGAUUGGCAGUUUUUAACGAACAUUAUGCUUCUAUCGUAUAUAUCGUCUACGUUACAUAUCUAUCACCGACAUGGUAAAUCUAAAGUAUCGGGCUGCUUGUCAUGUUUUGUUUCGUUGUUGUGGUGUUUCCCAUGUCGAGGAAAAACACUCGGCGACUGGAAACCACCGUCGGGAUAUGGCAUUCUAAAUAAACGAUUCAAACUUCAAGCAGCAUCGGCAUUUGUUAAAGAAGUGAAAGUCAAACGCAGGAGAGACGAUGAUGGGGAAGAUGAUAUUGAAAAGGAGAAGAAAGUUCCUAGAAUAAAGUGGAAAACCGUUGGAUCGACUAUGGACAUUUUUUACUUAUUUUUAUUUUUGUUUCUUAAUUUCUGUGUGUAUCUCAUGUUUAUGUAUCCUUGGAUCAAUCUUGCGAAGGAAAACUUUGUUUCAACUUGA